AUGAAUAUAUAUCUAGACAUAGAAGCAGAUGAGGGAGAUGAAGAAGAAGAAGAAGACGACGAAGACAGUGGCGACGACGACAAGCAGGAUCAGGGGGGCUCUUCCGUGCGAUCGCCGAAGGUUACGGUCAUUCCAGGACCGUCAGCCAAGGAUACAUUGUCUAAAAAGAUCGAUGAGAUCUACAACAACGCGACAAAGGUCUCUAGCUCCUCAAGACGCCACAUUUCUCUCAGGGCCUCCCGGUCCCCCACCACGCUCGAGAGUAGAAUGUAUCUACUGCAUGUCCAUAGAACUGCUGCGGUCUAUAUUGCUGAAUAUCUUCAGGGUAAAGGAUUCUCUGUCACCGUGUCGCCCUGGCUACCUGGGCAGCUCUACGUGGUCUCAGAUAGCCCCAGAACUAUCGCAUCAUCCCUUCCAUCCUCACAUAAACUCUCGGUAAAAGACUACCAUCGCAUCUCGGAUGAAGAACGCAUCGCGGUGGAGAAUUCGGAAAUCAAAUUUCCCAACCCCUCAUGGGUAAGGGUCAAAUCCGGCAUGUACAAGGGCGCCAUAGGCUAUGUCUUCGACCCAGACCAGUCGGACCUUUUUGUUGAUGUCUUAGUCGCCGUUCGAGAGUUUCCCUAUACAAUGCCUUCGAGAUCUGAAGCUCUGCUCGACCGCUCUCGCCUUCCGAAGGACAAGACAGUUACCGACAUCAUUCGUAAUGGCGAAAUUAUAGGAUGCUCGUACAAAGGACAUCAAUACUACAGGGGCCUGCUCCUAAAGAAAUUCCACCGCUAUCAACUAGAACUUGUCGCUUGCCCUCACGCUGACGAUGUUAGACUGCAUCUGCAGUCCGGGUUUGACACGCCCUUCGUCAAGAAAUCUAUUGUGGCAUUCUCCAUGCAGUUUCUGCGCGUAGGAGAUGCGGCCAGGAUCAUCGCAGGAGCAGCUCGAUCAGAGAUUGGCACGGUCGUGUCAAUAGACCAUGCGUUUGGUGGGUCUGCACGUAUCGAAUUAACCUUUGAUGGACAUCGGACAGAAUUGGAAGCUCGACAUGAAGACAUGGAGCGCGUUUUUUGGGUCGGUGACGCGGUUCGAGUUGUAGCAGGUUCACACCUGGGUUUAGAAGGCCAUAUCAUUCAAAUGGACGAGGUGCUGUUUCUCAUUUGCCAAUGGGUCUCCAUGGAAGAGGUGCAAGUUUCAAAAUAUUACUUGGACCGUCGUCAUCAGGCUUGCACGAUACAACCACAUCUACCAUCGCAUCAACAUUUCGAACCUCCCCCCGAGUCUCAAUCUCUAGAAAUUGGGGAUUCUAUUGAGGUUCUUGUGGGAAAGCACAUAGGAAAGCGGGGUGUCGUGACCUGGUCUUCUAUUGGAGGAGACCAACUGUGGUUCCAGGACGAGUCUCCUCAGACAUUGACUUUGUAUAAUACGAAGUACUAUUCAGGACCUCCAAGUAUCCAAGUUCCUGUGACAUUUGUUCACCGGACGCACCUACCCCAGACCAUUACAUUCACCAAGGAAAAAGGUUACGACGUCAAGCCUGGAGACAUCGUGAGGGUCGCGCGUGGGCCGGAAUAUCAGAUGAAAGGGAUCAUGCAGAGCGUUGACUUCCCAAAGGCUCGCCUGACACUACUGUCUGAGAGUGAUCACUUGCUUAUCGACGUCCCAAUUGGAUUUGUGAUGAAAAUACUCAACGUGUCCUCUGAUUCUUUCGACAAAGUCAUCGGCCAAGAAGUGUUCGUGGUUGGAGGUGACCGGAAGGGUUUUCAAGCCACAUUAUAUGGCAUUGGGGGCGAGAAUUGCACUGUUGCUAUCAAUGGGCAGGCGCGUACCACACUUAAAUGCCAGAACGUUGUGACCAAGUAUGGAAUGAGAUUAAAUGGUCUCAUGCUAGGGGAAUCGGACUUGAUAGAGUUCUGUGACCUGCGAAAAAGAUCUUAUGUGGUGCCACAACCACGAAGAUGCAUCACACCCCCUCCUGACUCAGUUCCCUCCAACUCAUCUAAUUCUAUUAGCGCAGCUCUCAUCCCAUCAUCAUCCAAUUGGACUUGCUGGAAUCUCGGCCAGGAUCUCGACAGUGCGAAUGAUCUGUCACCAGGCAUCGAUCUCAGCUCAUCGACACCCGACCCAUGGACCAUCGAUGCACAGGACAUCCAGGAUAGCAUAGAUGCCAGAGCAGAGAGACCCAAAGACAGUGGGCCUCUACCUUGGUUCAUGGGCAAAGAGUUUUCCACGCUGUUCCUUACAUAUCACGCGGUGUUUACAGUCUCACUGAGCUUCAAUCACGCCAAGCUCUACAAAUGA